CCCGUUCAUACCUGGGCCGGCUGUGAUCCCGGAUUGCGCGGCGCUCAGUGCAGUAGCUUGUCGGCCCGUCUCCGCGCGCGCCACACCGCAGCGGCCGUACUUCUUUCAUCGUUGGUGCUCGCCAGUUAUUGUGACCGGCGCUUUUGUUUUGUCAACUGCUGCACUUGGGAAAGUUCUCUGACCGUGUCUCAUGCCAUUAUUUUGUGCCUCUCUUUUCUUUCUUUCACUGAUAACGCUGCGCCUCCUGGAAGUGUCCGAGUGAAUUGGUCACCUCAGCGCAGUUUCGAGGCGGGCCCUAGUGUUAUACAUUUCUUUGGUGGUGUGUGUGUGUGCGUGUUGUGUGUUUUUUUAUAUUCUAUUUUUUCUGUGCGCGUGGUGUGCAACGGGAGCUGCAAACAGGAUGGAUGCAUCGUGAUCUGUGCUGGUGACCGCUCUUCUUCGUUCGACCUGCAAUCUUCGCAACCCGGCACCGCUACUUCUUGGAUUACGCGUGUGUCGCCCAAUCUGUGUACAGGCCGGCGUCGCCUCUUGCGCCGGGGGACUCGAGGUCGUCCCGUUGUCCUCGCCAUCUGCGCCAUCCCCACUCGUCAACUUCUCUCAAUUCCCGGACGCAGUUGUGAACGGCUGCUGCUUUAUUUUCCUCGUGUUUUCGCACCCGUUGACGGCGCCUGCGGCAGAGUCCUCCUCCUCCUCUAGAAGGUGCAGGCGUGGAGCAGAUGUGCCAUUGAGAUAGGAGAGGGAUGCCGCAUCGAACCCCACCCGAGUGCGCCCCAUCUGAAUAGAGGGCGCUGAGUACCACACCGCUCCGCAUGUACGACCAGCAUGAGGACAACUGGGGAUACGAGAGCCUGUACACCAGCAUGGCCUGCGUUGACACUCGGCCCUCGGCCCGGACGCCCCGGGAGAUUCUCUACGGGGACGACGACGACGACGACGACUGCUGCGACGUGGUCUCGCUGCCUGAGGCAGUCGAAGCGGGACUCUCCGACAGGACGUUGUCGGAGUACAGGCUUCCCAAAUGUGACCCAUCUUUGGAGGGUUGGACUGAGAUGAGCGUGGUCACCAAUGUAGUUCUCAAGAAGCGGAGGAAGCCGGAAAACAAACCCCAGUCGCAGCUGAAGAAGUGCCUUAAUGAGAAGCACCGGCGGGAGCAGGAGAACGUCUACCUGGAGGAACUAGCAGAACUGAUCUCUGCUAGCCUGUCUGACAUGAAUUCCCUGUCCGUCAAGCCAGACAAGUGUGCCAUACUGCAGGAGACGGUCAACCAGAUUCGCCGGAUCAAGCAGCAGGAGGCGAGCGGCGGCGGAGGCCUUGGCGAGCUGCAGCAGAGCGAGGUGUCGUCGAGCAAGCCGACCAUCCUGGGCAGUGACGUGCUGGGGCCCUUGCUCCUCGAGGCGCUGGACGGGUUCCUCUUUGUGGUCAACACCGAGGGGCGCAUCGAGUUUGUGUCGGAGAACGUCUCGUCCUUCCUGCAGUACGGCCAAGGGGAGCUCGACGGCACGAGCAUCUACAACAUCCUGCACCACGGCGACCAUGGCCGCUUCAGCAGCAACCUGCUGCCCAUGUCGCUGGGCGCCAAUGGCCUGGGCUGGACCGAGGCCGGGGGCAAGAGCCGCUCCUUUCAGUGCCGCUUUCUGUUGCGCCCGCCCGACGCCGAGGACAAACAGAGCAGUGCGCGCAUUGCCCCACUCUACGAGAACAUGCACAUCUCGGCCAUCUUCCUGCCCUACCCCAACGGCUCCGGCACGGGAGGCGCAGGCAGCGGCGAUGAAUCCGGUGCAGACUCUGAAGUGCAAAACUGCCUGGUCUGUGUGGCCCGCCGUAUCCCCGCGAACGAGAAGAUUCCAACCUCUGUAGGUGUGGAGCAGUUCACGACACGCCUCGACCUCAGUGGGAAAAUUCUCGCCGUAGACACCAGUGGUGUUUCAUCAACGUAUAGCCAGUACCUCAACAAGUCCCUUGUGGGACGUGUGAUCCAGGAGCUCUGCGAUUCUAGGGACCUCCACAAGUUGGAUCAACACCUUAAAGAGACCCUCCAGCAGGGUCAGCAUACGAGCGCCAUCUACCGGCUCCAGGUGACGCCUGACAAAUCUCUGCUAGUGCAGACGAAAAGCAAGCGCUUCAACUACAAUCAGGUCACGAGUGAGCCAGAGUUCCUUAUGGCCACCCAUUCUAUCAUCCGGGACAGCGAGGCCCCGUCUCCGGAUGAGCUGAGCAGGGGUCCGACGCCAGUCAAUGGGGCACCUGCCUCCUCGUCCUCGUCAGGCCCGACCCCCAGUGGUAGUGGGAGCACCAGCGGUGGCGUGGUUGUGACCACCGGGCCCCCAUCUGUGUCUGCCGCAAGUGGUGGGGCAGCGGCCGCCUUCUUCCACCUGAGCCCCUCGUCUUCGGGAGGCAGCCAGGACUUCAACCUGCUCUCCAUGGAAAUGUUCCCGUCCACCUCCUGGCCCGAGGAGGAAGACCUCGCUUCGGCGAACACUCCCAAGGGUGGCAAGAGCGUACCCGGUGCAGGUGAUGGCGAUGACGACGACUACGGUCCCUCGUCACUGCCACCUCCCGCGUCCACUCCAGGGGCCGUGAGUGCCCCCUCGCCCUACACGACGGGGGGCACGACCUCAUCCUCGGAAGACGGCGGGCCGCAGAAGCUGCGCAACCUGCUGACCCAAGGCCUGGCAGGGUCCGGCAGCGGGAACGACGAGACCGAUGCUCCGAGCAGUAGUCGGUCGGAAAACGUCAUCCUGCGAGAACUCCUCAACCAAGAGGACGAGGAGGAGCGGCAGGAGGGGAACAACAUGCUCAGACGGUUGCUGAAUAGCGAGGACAGUGGGGACAAGAGUUUCCGCAGGUCGCAGGAUCUGCUCAUUCAGCAGCUGCUCAAGGCCGAGUCGCCCGACAAGCCCGAGGGUGCGGAAGAAAGUAUCUCCAAGCGCAAAUCCUUGGAGGACGGGCAGGAUGUGGACCAGCCACCCAAGCGACCCAACAUGGCAGGUGGACGACCGCCGACGGCUCACCUCGCCGGUCAGAACCCAAUGCUGGCAUCGAUGCUGGCACAGACACCUCGGCCCGUGCCCUCAGUCCCGACGUCCAUCGCCAACUCGAUAGUGUCGCAGCUGCCCCAGGAGCGGCUGCCCAAGAACCUCGAGAAGAAGCUCAUUCACACUCCUCUGACUCCUGGCGCACUGUUGGCCCCUCAGCAGCAGCAAACGCAGCAGCCACAGCAGCCACAGUCUGUGAUGAUCAAGCAGCCGCAGCCCGGUCGACCCACCACGUUGCUCGGCCUUGGACCACAAGAAACCAGUGCUAUGACUCUUCAGCACCAGCGAACCUUCGGUGGCGGCGGUGGCCUCAUUCAGCAGCAGCAGCAGCAGCAACCACCACCACAGCAUGGCUUUCUCAGCAAGAUCCUGACGAACAGCCCGGACUCGACAAGGCGAGCUUUGCAACCGUCUCAGGCGUACGUGCCUCACACGACGAACGUGGCUGCGGGAGGCUCUAGCUUUUCCCCUGCCACAAGUGGUGCCAGCGCGGUGCUCUCCGAACUCCUCAACGAUUCGCGCGUCCCAGCCAGCAUUGUGAAUGCGGUCAACUCUUCGUCUGCGGCGUCCCUCACUAUGGCUGCUGCAGCGGGGGGUGCAUCGGCCGAUCAACUUUUGUCACAAGUGCUGGAUGACGUGUGGAGCUUGCAACAGGAAGCGGAGACUACAACCACCUCGGAGGAUACGGUGCUGCUGCGGCUGCUCGAAGAGAUUGUCGAGAACUCGCCGCAGGUUCUGCACUCGCAGGGGCUGCAGAGUGCUCCUCAGGGACAGCCCGAGCUAAGUGAAAAGAUGGCCAUCAGCGUCAUCCAACAGCAGCUGAUGAGCUUCGAGGCUCAGGCUGCACAGCUGCAGCCUCAGGCUCCUCUUUAUGCGGCGCCCGUGUCCUCUGCGUCCUACCAGGCAGCUCCUCCGUUGUACAACAGCGCGACCGCUCAGAGGAUGCGACUGGCUGCGCAACAGCAGCCGGGUCAGCCACAGCAACAGCAACAGCAGCAGCAGCAGCAGCAGCAGCAGCAGCAAGGGCUUCGGCAGUAUGCACCCAGUGUGGCCAGCAUGGCAAGCGUGUCUCCGCAGAUGCGGCGCAACCUUCUGGAGCGGCGGCAGAAGAUUUUCCUGCAGCAGCAGCAGAAACGUCUGCUGGCGCAGCAGCAGCAGCAGCAGCUCACCAUGCAGACACAGCAGCAGCCACCCGACACAUUCGGACCCGAAAGCAUCAACGAACUACUCAACCAUGGAGUGGCACCUCCCAACAUUGCCAUUCAGCACAGCUACCACCUGAGCCAGGGACAGGGCAGGGACCUGCAGGAGAAAAUGAUGAAGAUGUUCAGACCGAGAGGUGGAAUUUCGGGUGCAGAUGCGCCUCAGCAGCUGUCUCCCCGAUUCGGGGGUGUGCUCAGUCCCCCUCAGCAACAGCCCCAGCAGCUGUCUCCAGGGCAGCGCUACUCACCCCAGCAGCCGCAGCAGCCAGGAGGCGGCUUCCCUAGUCCUUACACAAGUCCGGGCUCCCCUCACCUGGGCUCUCCCAGCGGAGGCAACGGGCCGCCUCAGUGGUCCCCACGGCCCCAGGCCGCCUCUCUCCAGCAGCAGAACCCCAUGCUCAAUGCCCAGCUCUCACAGGGUACCUUUGGCACGCAGCAGCAGCAACAGCAACAACAACAGCAACAACAGCAGCAGCAGGCGCGCUUCGUGAGCCAGGCACGGCAGCCCCAGCCCCAGCAGCAAAUGGCUGGAGGGGGCCUGCGGCAAGUGGUCAGUCCGGGAGCAAGCCUGGCUCGGAACCAGUCGCCAUUCGGGGAGCAGUUUCCUUUUGCCCCAGCCACCAGGGGGGGUCCCUCUCCUGGUCCUCCUCCUCCCCAGCAGGGUCGACUGCAGAGGGCCAUGUCUGUACCAGCGGGUGCUCGGGUGAACUCUCCACGGACACCGCAGCAGCAGCCGCAGCCUCAACCUGGCUUUGGGAAUGACCAGCUGCUCUCGCCACCAGGGCCUCAGAUGUCUCCAGGGGGUGCGUACGGUGCCGCACCUGCCUCCUCAGCGCCGGUCUUUGGUCUGGACGCUUCGCCCCAAUUCAACUUUGAACAGCACUCCCUUCAUGGAUUCGCGUCUGACAGGAGUCGAGUCGGGGGCAGCAUGCCGUCUGAGUACGUACGCCAAGAGCUCAGGGCCAUAGUUGGAGCCCGAACGCAGGGACAGCAACAACAGCAACAGCAGCAGCAGCCUCAGCAGCAGCAGCAGCAGGUCCUUCAGCAACAGGGGGGUGGUGUCCGCGGUUCUGGUGGGGGGGGUUCCCUCUUACAAGCUGACCUCGAAGCCCUGGGCCUUCAGCUGGAACUCGGGGGUGGGCCUUCGGAACCUGGCUCCCCCCUUUUCCCCUUGCUGGCACCAUCCGACACUCCGCCGGCACAGCCUACACCCAGGGUUGAUGACAAGCCCAGCAGCGACCAGCGCAAGAGUUUGCUGCAGCAGCUUCUCUCCGAGCCCACCUAGGGCCAGCUGGCCGGAGAAGACUCGCUGCAUCGCUGGCUGCUUUGGCAGGGCCUAGCCAGCGGAUGAAGGCGUCUCUCCCUCUCGCAUGUGUGUUUGUGUGUGUGUGUGUGCCGGGUGUAUGAGUGUGGUGUACUGCGAGCGCUGACAAGCUCCAUCUCGACCUGCUGUGACAGUGACUUGUGCCGCAUUAGUGUGGUGGUUGUUUAAGGAGAGGAAGAGCGACGGCAGGACAGGACAGCCACUUUUGUUUUGUUGUGGUUGCCGCUGCGGACUUGCUCUCUGCCUCAUCCCUGCCUCGCCGCGGCGACGCCUGCCGGCGUGACAAUGGUGCGUGCCGCGACGGAACAGUGCCGCACGUGUGCCCCCUCUUUGGUGGGAGAAGACCGGUGUCGUUUCUUGUUCUUGUUGUUCCUCAUCGAUUUCUGCCACCGUUGUGUGCUUGUGCGUGACGGAGAAGAUUAAACAAAACUGACCGUGUAAUGCGAACUUGGGCUUCUCGCCUGGCGAGAAGCGAACUGCCGUAGCACGGGAGGGACUCUCUGAGCCCACCGCUCCUCAUCAUAUAUUUUUUUUUUUUUGUACAUAUGUGUAAAGCAAUGCCGUGCGUGCGCCCAUCCUCAGCAGUGUGAUGACGACACAAGACUGCUUUUCUUCAUUAUUAUUAUCUUUUUUUUUUUUGCUGCUGCUUCGAGUGUAGUUUGGGGAACAGUGUUCUUCCCGGUUUUUUUCUCCUCUCGCAUGCGGUUACUGUUAUGAUGGCGACAAUGUGGUUUACUUUGUUUUCUCCCUCCUCUUCCUUCUAAGAAGCUGCACUCGGCCGCAAUGUUUUUUCUACUCCUACAUUGGCACUCGUUCAACUAAUAGUACUACUACCACUACUAGGCAUUGUUCUUUUAUUUGUUCACCUGUGCCUGCAGAACUACUUCAGUUUCUUCUACUUCCUGUUGGUGCUCUUAGCUAUAUGUGUACAGUUACUUUCUUUGCCCCCCCUCCCCUUUUUAGAAAAGAAAAGCGUCCUUGUUUUUGUUAUUGUUGAUGCACGCGUCGUGUGUGCUGUUUAGGUACAGGCUUCUUCUCCAUGCCUGUGAUUUUUCUUGUACAUGCUCUCUUGCUCUCAGCAGGUCGUCGAGGCCGACUCGUCGGCUGCCCUUCCUUGGGCCCCGUUACACAGCAGAAGCAUUCAUGGUGUGGAGGCCACCCACUGCUUUUCGAUCUUCCCUGCUGACCUUCGUUCUUUGAGCAAGAAAAGGAGCGCAGCUGCCUAUUGUCUUUUUCUUUAGCGGGCUUUGUCAUUUUCAUAGCACUUUUCCCCACUGCGUAGCAACCUCCAUUGUUUGUUUGCUGGUUUAAGAAAAAUGAACAUUUUUUUAAAGUGGAGCAGAGAAGGGUGCUUGGUUAAGUAGAUGCAUGUCCUCGGCUGGCAGUGUGUUGACGUUGAGUUGUAGAGAUGUUGAUGAAGGAGUCUGUGAUGGAAAAGAAAAACGCACCUUGGAGGAGGCCUUGUGAAGCACAGUGUUUUUGUCCAACGGAGGGGGUGUUGCGAGCUCGCCUUGCUAUAUUUUAUUCCACGUCGCUUGCAAGUUAAGAAGAGGGCUUAGAUUUGUCGCAUGGUCGUCGUCCCGUUGUUCUUGCCGGCUCUCCUCUUCUUCUCGUUGUUUCCCGUUGUAAAGCCUUGUUUCAGUUAAAUCUGCUUGUCUCUUGUUGUCACUCUUCUAAUCCCUUCUGGCCAACGUACAUGGCGUUAUAAACCACCCCGCAGAUCGAGCACAAUUAGCACCACCCCUUCCCCCCCCCCCUUUUUUUUUGAGGAAGUGGGGCCGUCUACCUCACAGGCCGCACGUUCGGGUGCGGCGUUGUCUCGCGGAGAUUUUGUUUCUUCUUCCCCAGUCCUCUGUAUCCCCGUUUGUUCUCAACCAUGGAGCUUUAGCCUCGCUCUCCACCCAUUUUUUUUCUCCUUUCCUCUUCUUUAAUGCCUCGUGUACAAAUUGCCACAAAAAGAAGGGAGACACACAUCUCGCGUGACCUCCACUUUUGGCAGCAGAGAUUGAUAGCCAUUUUUUUAUGACUGCGACGGGCAGUUCAGGGUGUGUGGACGGGUUUUGGGGGUACUAGACUUUUGCAGUUAGUCGCCUGAGGGUUUGUUUCUUGGUGUUUUCCCUUGCCGUAUGCACCGGCUACGUAGCUGCUGAAAGAAGAAAAAAAAAAAAGAAGAGUGAAUGUCAAUGAAAGCAGUUUGAAUGUGUCGUGGGGGUUCCCAUUGUGUGAGUGAAUUUACUGCGUGGUUUAUUGGCUUGAGGGAAAACGGCGCUACUGUGUGCAUCGAUGAGUGCAGAUUUGAACACUAAGCCAAGAUGUUUGCAGUUUUGAUUCCCCUCAUGCACCGCUGAAAGAAUCGCCGUUGUGUUUUGGUAUUUGCGACGCAAGCUUUGGUUCGCUGAGUUUUUUUGGGAAACCCCGGCAUCGCGCAUGGCAUAUGACGACGGGCGCAGAUAGUGGGCCGUGGUGCAGCGCUCGAAUUGGAGGUACUUACGGGCAUUCUCACUUAGGGGUGUGCACUGCCGAGAAAUUCACUUUGCAGUACGCAGCAGAGGGUGCCGGUAAAGCUUCUUUCCAUCAUCGUUGUCUUCUCCUCCGCUGUCGCUAACUGCAUAAAUGAUGCUCACUCGCGUGAUUUUGUAGCCUGGUUCGUGGCCACGUACUAGAGGUCGACGUUCUGGUCCGGCACCCUGCACACCUUUUAUUUGGGAACGGGCGCUUGAAAUAUAUUUUUCUUCAGGCUACUUGGCAUAAUGCUGUGAUGGUCUUCUCAGGCGGCGAAAGUCUCGACUUAAAAAAAAAAAAUUACCAGCAGAUAGCAAGAGGGUUCAAAAAGAGAGAGAAAAAAAAAAGGAAGUGGCGUUGGAUAAUUUUGUCGCGUGCCUUUUCCGCUUAACCAGAAGCACUAUGGCAUGUGAGGAGGAGCCAGGCAAGCCCACCUCUAUGGUGUCGCAAAAGAAAUCGAGAAAACAAAAACGAGGGUGGAAAAUAACUGCCACUCUUGACGUGCUGUUGUCAGUAGUUGUUUUUUUUUUCUUUUUCCACUUGUGCUCUGUCUCUCUCUCUCUCUCCCAAUACUUUUUCUAGUAAAUAUACUAUACAUAAAAAAUAUAUAUAUAUUAGAUACAUAGUCAUUUAUAUAUGUGUUAUGGAGGGGCAGAGAAGAGGCACUUUUUUGGGUGGGAAAGGUUUAAGUGAGCGAGCGCACUGGCAAAAAAAGAGAGAGGGAAGAAAUAAAAAAGAAACUUGCCACGCUUAUGUAAUAGUCAUGCUGUGACAAGAGUACAAGUGGUGUCUUUCCUCCACGUUGUUUAGCCCUGACAAAGGUGCUUGUUCUUGAUAAUUUUUUGUUUUCUGGCGGCUUUUAUUUUAAACCGCUUCUGGACGAACCGUCGUCUAGAUAGGUGCAGAUGGUUACUUAGGUGCGUGUGUGUUCAGAGCUCCGUUCCUUUGGGACGUGGUCGUGUCUUCGUUGCGGCAUUCUUUCGGAGCACGCUGACGAGAGAGGAUGAAGAAAAGAAAAUUAAGGGAAAAGGAAAACGAGAAAACUGUCCACAUGCCUGCCUAAACUCUUCUACAAAAAGCAGCUCAAAACAUAGAUGUCUGCUGCUGCCGGAGCUAUUUCUUUUAUCUCUACAUCUAGGGCCUUAAAAUCGACUGUUACUAUUCUGCUACUGCGUUACAGAUGCUAUAUAAAUAUAUAUAUAUAUAUAUAUACAUGCAAAACAGAGGACAAAACAGAUUAAAUAUAUAUAUCUAUAUACAUAUAUGUGUGGCCAUUUUGUGUUGCCCACUAGGGACCGAGGGGGAAAAAAGAUGCUAUUUCUCUGCUGGGUUCUUUGAAGACAAAACAGAUUUACGAGUUAAAAAAAAAAUUAUAACUUAGCGCGGAGAGUGUUUUAUUGAUAUUUUUGUAAUUUGUGAUGGGGCCUGCAUGAUGAGUCUUUCUCUCCCCCUUGAAAGGUCCCUCGUCUUUGAAAAAAAAAAAGAAAAAGAAUUUUAGGCCUUGCAUCGCAAGCACUAUUUCCCCCUUUCCUUCAUGCUGCAGCUAAGGUGCGCCUCAACUUCUGUUUUAGCGGCCUAAUUUUUAUUUUAUUCGUAGGAGGUCUCUGUAACUGACCCGCUGUUUUUGGCAUGUAACUGGCACAUGGACAGGCUUGGUUAGGCUUGGCCCAUGUGGUUGGCCGGCCAGCCACUGGUGAGCUUAAAGGGGUUCCAUAAAUGAAGCUUGGAAAAGAGUGAGAUAGCUCUUGCAGUUUUCCAUGCUGUGUUUUAGGUGUGUUGUCUCGUUGACCCAUACUGUCCCUCUGAAAAGUGCCACCAUUCGCUGCAACAGCUGUGCUGACCGCUCGUUUAAAGAAAGGGUGCGCUAGCCCGACUACUUAGCAUCUCAAGUCAGUGGUGUGUUUGUUGAAUGAAUUUGCUUGUUUUCAGAAGCUUAGUUUUUAGGGUGUUGGCACUGUGCGUUGUAACGGCUGCAUGGCGUAGCACGCACGGGUUAGCAAUGACGGACUAUAUGCUGGUGGUUGUGGUGGAUUUCGAUGAAAACAAUCUCAGGACCUUGUUUGACCUUUGGCAAAAUGAGAAAAGAAAAAGGAUCACUCCCCCUCCCCCACACACCACACUCUUCUUUUGUACAGAGUUUGUCUAAAUAUUGUCUGUCUGCGUAGGUCUCCGCUGUUACCACUGAUCUCGAUUGUCAUCAUCUUUGUUUGCCGAGCGUUCCUUGGCUUGAAGCUGCUGUGAUGUCGUUGAUGACCGCGAGCGAAGUGUUUGAGAUUGAGUGCAGUCGUUGGGGCCGUACGUUUAUGCCAAGCUUGAAGCAGCCAUUGCCGCCACAUUUUGCUCUACUGCUACUGCAGUGAAUUGCACAAAUCGGUUAAUGCCUAUGAGGUUUCAUUCCUCUGCUUAGCAUUGUGCAUUAACUCAGUUCAAUUGAUGGCUCAGCCAUUGCUAAAAGAUUACUUGAGUGCUGGAAGCACAGUCAAGAUUAAUGUCGGGCUAAUUAAGUUCAAAUUCACGACUCUCAGCAUGUUCGAAGCAAGCUAUGGCUGCAGCAUGGCAUAGACGAUGCUGUCCUUGUGCGUGGACUGGUGUAGUAUUGGCAGAAGACAGCGGCAGCCAUUUGUCUCCCCUGGUAGGGUUCUUGAUCUCGUGUGAUAUCCUGGGCCUCAACGUGCGUGCACCGGCGAACGUUCACAACUAGUACGUGUGCGGCGGAAUCAGCCGUCGCACUUCUCCGUCAUAGUUUUGCAUAUAUAACUAUAGUGGUGUGGUCUUGUACACGUUUUAUCGUGAAACAUACGUCGUCGCUGCGUUCUAUUUAUUUGACGCUUGUGUAAAUGUCGCAGACGGGGAUGUAUGUGCGAACAUCAAUAUAUUUCAUUCACGGAGGACGAACAUUCUGUUGUACAACAUGUGCAAGAUCACUACGCAACAUUCCCGUCUAUCGAAUAAUGCUAAAGAUAACUGUUCGCCUGGAACAUAGGUCAAGUUUAAUGUCAUGCUGCUCUUCCUGCAAUACCGUGUGCAAAUGGUGGGAUCUACUUAAGGUGGGCACUCUUCACCACUGUAGGCACCGUGCCCGGGGCCCCCAUUAUGCUGUAGCGGUUUUGCGUAGUUGUUCUGUUGGUCCACGUUCUGUUCCGGACAUGCCGUAUUAAGAGGGUUCAGCUCAAUCACCGUUGCCUGCUGUUCGGGAGAAUUGCACCAGUUAGUCAGUGCGCGGAAUCAUGCAGGUCAUGUUUCCAGGGGCGAUUGUUUUGGGCCCGGGCAUUUGUUCGUCUGUGGUCGUGAGGUGUGUCUGGAACUAUUGGGAAGAGUACGUUGCCGCUGUCUGCUGCCUGUCCCACAGAGAAAGACUGGAUGAACGAAUCUACUUCAAUUUCUUUUGUUUCGCCAGGAUGCUGAUGUAUAGAUAGAUGGUGGUCAAUGCCUGCUUUUAUUACUGCCAUCGUCUGUCUGCUAGGCUGUCGUGCUGACUAAUUUUUUUUUAAAUUCCUGCGGCAUGCAGAUGUGUUUUAGCUCUGUACGAAAAGGUUGUUUUGCAUUUUUUUCCCUCCGUGCGUGCGUGUAUUUUUUCUGCCCCUCGUGUACAGUUACGAUGAUGGCGAUGUUGGCCGCCCCCUCCUCUUCCCAUCCCCACCUGCCAAGGCUGUGUUUAUGUCCCGCCCUUGUGUGCAUGUGAGCGUUGAAAUGUUUUUGCCAGCACGAUGUGAGGGGCGUCUAUUAGUCUCUUAACCUUAAAAGAAAAAUAAUGUUGUAUUAUACUUGUCUUUAUCGUUGAAGAGGCAAAAAAAAAGCAGAAGCAUUGUGUAGUAUACGGAAAGAAAAAAAAAGAUAGUGUUCUUGAUUUGUGGCAAUGCACUGUGAGUUUUUUUGUUGUAUACAAAAUAAUAUACUAUUAAACAACAUGUAACAAAUUACAUGUCGAAGAAACA